AUGUGUGUAAAUCAGUUAUCAGCCAAUUUGUCCAAUAACACGCUUUAUUGUAUAUGUCUGACCACUUCCAAGUGGCUACAAGUUGUUGAUCGAUUUAAUAACAGCUGCGGCAUAUCGCAAGCCAUUGAAUUAAUUGAUUCUAUUAAUGAACUUGAAGAUUAUCUUUGUAAAUUUAUAACUUGGUUAAAAAAGAAUGAUGGUACAGAUUAUAAAGUGGAAUCCAUUCGUAACUGCUACAGUGCUAUAAAUCGUUAUCUGAGGGAACAUAGAGUGAUUCAACCAAUAAAGAUUUGGGAUCGAUACAAGUUUCCUCAUGCUCUUCGUACGCUUGAUGGAAAAAUGAGGAUGUUGCAGGAUAAGGGGUUAGGUGAUACCAGCAAAUAUGAUGGAUUAUCUGUUAAAGAAAUCAAACAAAUACUUGAUCAUUCAUAUAUGAAUACUGGUGGAGAUAUUUAUCAAGAUCGCCGAAUAGAUCUUGAAUCACGUCAAGAUGGAGGUUUUGAACUUGUAUUACACAAAGAAAAGAUUAAUCAGGGUGGUGCAUUUUAUAGAAAUAUACAUGGAAAAACAGACAUUCUUUUAUUUUUAUCCAAACUUCCUGAAUCUACUCUAGUACAGGAUCCUCUGUUUUAUGAAACUUCUAAAAGUAAAAAAGGUCUCUGGUUUAAAAAUAGCACUAUGGGCCAAACGAAAUUUAAGAAAAUGAUGAAUGAUAUUGCAUUAAAUACUGGCAUUAAUCUUGAUAAUGGAAGAAAAAUUACAAAUCAUUCUUGUCAUCAUACUGCAAUUCAACCUUUAAGGAAUAAUGGAGUUUCUGAAUUGAAGCUUCAAUCCUUUUCUGGACAUCGUUUUCGUGAAAGUUUAGCAGAUUAUAGUCAAACUAGUGAAUAUCAACGGAACAUGAAUACUGCAAUGUUAAUUCCUUAUUCUCCACAAGAUUUAGAUGAUGAUUACAUUUCUGAAUGUAUUACUGAAGACGAAUCAGAUAUUGAAGUGGAUAUUGAAUCAGUUUAA